GUUUAAAUCGAUACACGUCAAUUUGAUAGUUGUUACAAGAGGAAAACUCCAGGAGAAACAUCUGAGAUCCACGUGACACUAUUAUAAAGAUGGCGUUGAUUAAACAGGAGAGUGAAGACAUAAAGAUUGAAGAAGUGUUCAGCGUGAAACAUGAAGAUACUGAGGAACAAACAGACUUAAUGCCGCUGAAAGAGGAGAGUCAAGAACUGAAUAAUAUGGAAUAUGAACAUCAUGAUUUCAAGACUGGAGAGAAAUCAACAAAGAUGGAAAAGACUCACUCACAAAAAAGAGCCCAGAAGACCAAACCUAACAGUUAUUUCACUUGCCUGGAAUGUGGAAAAAGUUUCAGUCAAAAACGAAGCCUUAAGUCCCACAUGGUAGUUCACACUGGAGAGAAGCCUUUCACAUGCCAACAGUGUGGAAAGAGUUUUACUCAAAUGCAAAGCCUCGAAGCCCACAUGAAAAUUCACACUGGAGAAAAGCCUUAUACUUGCUCUCAUUGUGAACAGAGUUUUGCUCAUAAACACAUCCUUAAUUCCCACGUGAGAAUUCACACUGGAGAGAAGCCUUUCACCUGCCAACAGUGUGGAAAGAGUUUCAAUCGAAAACAAAACCUUAAUGUCCACAUGAGAAUUCACACUGGAGAGAGUCCUUUCACCUGCCAACAGUGUGGAAAGAGUUUCAAUCAAAAACAAAACCUUAAUGUCCACAUGAGAAUCCACACUGGAGAGAGUCCUUUCACCUGCCAACAGUGUGGAAAGAGUUUCUAUCAAAAACAAAGGCUUAAAGACCACAUUAAACUUCACACUGGAGAGAGUCCUUUCAACUGUCAACAGUGUGGAAAGAGUUUCACUCAAAAAUACAACCUUAAUGUCCACAUGAGAAUUCACACUGGAGAAAAGCCUUAUACUUGCUCUCAUUGUGAACAGAGUUUUACACAUAAAAUCACACUUAAUUCACACAUGAGAAUUCACACUGGAGAAAAGCCUUUCACAUGCCAACAGUGUGCAAAGAGUUUCAAUCAAAAACAAAGGCUUAAAGACCACAUGAAACUUCACACUGGAGAGUGUCCUUUCACCUGCCAACAGUGUGGAAAGAGUUUCACUAAAAAAUACAACUUUAAUACACACAGUCAGCUUCACACUGGAGAGAAGCCUUUCACAUGCCAACAGUGUGGAAAGAGUUUCACCCAAAUGCAAAGCCUUGAAGCCCACAUGAAAAUUCACACUGGAGAGAGUCCUUUCACCUGUCAACAGUGUGGAAAGCGUUUCAAUCAAAAACAAAGCCUUAAUGUCCACAUGAGAAUUCACACUGGAGAGAGUCCUUUCACCUGUCAACAGUGUGGAAAGCGUUUCAAUCAAAAACAAAACCUUAAUGUCCACAUGAAACUUCACACUGGAGAGAGUCCUUUCACCUGCCAACAGUGUGGAAAGAGUUUCAAUCAAAAACAAAACCUUAAUGUCCACAUGAGAAUUCACACUGGAGAGAGUCCUUUCACCUGCCAACAGUGUGGAAAGAGUUUCUAUCAAAAACAAAGUCUUAAAGACCACAUGAGAGUUCACACUGGAGAAAAGCCUUUCACCUGCCAACAGUGUGGAAAGAGUUUCAAUCAAAAACACAACCUUAAUGUCCACAUGAAACUUCACACUGGAGAGAGUCCUUUCACCUGCCAACAGUGUGGAAAGAGUUUCAAUCAAAAACAAAACCUUAAUGUCCACAUGAGAAUUCACACUGGAGAGAGUCCUUUUACCUGCCAAGAGUGUGGAAAGAGUUUCACUCAAAAACAAAGUCUUAAAGACCACAUGAGAGUUCACACUGGAGAAAAGCCUUUCACAUGCCAACAGUGUGGAAAGAGUUUCACUCAAAAACACAACCUUAAUACCCACAUGAGAAUUCACACUGGAGAAAAGCUUUACAACAGUUGAAAAUAUUAGGUUUCACAUUAUCAUUCAGGCCAU